AUGGAGCCGGCGCCACCGGUGCCCGCAUCCAUCACCCAGUCACUAAAUAUUUCGCCAAACGUACCUGUAUCGCCAUCGUCAUCAGGCGGUGGUUCUGGAACAGCUCUUUACCCCGGCGCAGCAUCCCAUCCUCUGUCGUCACUGCUCUCGCAACAGAGACUACUGGAGUUAUCUCGCUUCGGCUUGCGGCACUACGACAUCGCUCAUCAUGUGCUGUCUCAGCAAGGUGCUGUUACUAAACUACUUGGUACACUUCGACCUCCAGGUCUCAUCGGCGGCAGCAAACCAAAAGUAGCAACUCCGGCGGUAGUCUCAAAGAUAGAACAGUACAAACGGGAAAAUCCAACAAUUUUCGCAUGGGAAAUUCGGGAACGAUUGAUUUCUGAAGGUGUUUGUACCAACGCUACAGCUCCAAGUGUUUCUUCUAUAAAUCGGAUAUUACGGAAUAGAGCUGCUGAACGUGCCGCUGCUGAAUUCGCCCGAGCAGCAGGCUAUGGUCUAUAUGCAGCACCACCGCCGUAUGGUGGCUUUCCAUGGGCCGGUGGUGGUGUGUGGCCUCCUGGAAGUCUACCAUUACCCCCAGGAGUACCAGCUCCAACAGUAGGAGUGCCCCAUCCUGAUGCGAUUAAGCAAGGCUUUUUGGGAUCGUCGGGACGUGGCCUUAUUGAUGUAGACGGCGAAGAUUCUGGAUCGUUAGAUGGCGAACAGCCGAAGUUUAGACGAAAUCGCACGACCUUUAGCCCCGACCAACUCGAGGAACUAGAAAAGGAAUUUGAAAAAUCUCAUUACCCGUGUGUUUCAACACGGGAAAGAUUAGCUUCAAAGACAUCCCUUUCAGAAGCUCGAGUUCAGGUUUGGUUUUCCAACAGACGAGCGAAGUGGAGGCGCCACCAGCGCAUGAACCUAUUAAAGCGCGGUGGCUCUCCCUCACUCCGCAUUCCCAACUCCCCCUCCCCACCCCUCCCACUACCUCAUUCACCAUCCCGUUCUCGUUCCCGUUCUCUUUCUCCAAAUCCCGUUUCUUACCACGCUCCACAAAUGGGUGGUGAGAACAGUGCCUUUAAGGCUCUUGCUCAUCAUGAUUCUAGCCUUAAAUCUCUUUCGCAAGCAAAUGCUUUGAAACUAUCCCAGUCCUCAUUCGACAGUGCAUUCAAACCCCAUCCUGCUUUGGACAAUAGUGCAUUCAAAGCUUUAGUGCCCAACGCCGCCGCGCUAUUAGCAGCACAAUCGAUUCAAUUGCGCGGAUACGAUUCACAUUCAGAUUCUGAUGAAGAAAUUAACGUCCAUGAAAGUGAUGAUGAAACAGAAAAAAAUAAAAUAAGAUCCAGAUCCCCAAGUCCCAGGCAAAGGAUGGCGAGCAAUGACUUGCCUUUACAAUUGACUAAACAUGAUCGU